CCUCAGCUUGCCUCUCUAGUGAUAUUUGGAUGGAGGUGCAUGCCGGCCUAUAUUAUUCACUCUCGCUAGAUGUACAUGAGUGGUCAUCCGGGAUUGUCAUUACAGAAUGAGGAAAGUCACUGUUGUUGACGCACUUGGGUCACGACUCUUCCUCCACCAACCCAGCUACCAACUCUGCAGAGGCUAGGCUGUCAGUUAAAAGCAUUCUACCCUGCCGAUAGGUGUACAGACGCUAAACGGCAUAGAGAGGUCCCGCUAACGAGGCACCGAGAUGAACACCACAGACAACCCGAAUAUAUCAGAAGCAACGUUCACCCCGGUGGACUACACAGUGCUGAGCCUCAUGCUAGUGGCGUCCGCUGGUAUUGGUGUGGUCAGCGCCAUCAGGAGCCGAGGUAAAGCCUCCACGCAGGAGUACCUGCUGGGAGGCAGGAACAUGUCACCUCUACCCGUGGCCAUCUCUUUACUAGGAGGAUGGAUCUCUGCCAUAUCUUUCGUAGGUAAUCCCACAGAGAUAUACUUCUUCGGCACACAACUAACCACCAUCUUGCUGGGCACAGUCCCAGGUAGUCUCUUCGCCGGCUACAUCAUUCUCCCGAUUUUUUACAAGCUCAAAAUCGUCUCCAUCAACGAGUAUUUAGAGUUGCGGUUUGGGUCAAAGCUACUGCGGAAGUUGGCUACCACAUCUCUGGUCUUGUUCACCCUUACCUACUUGGCUUUGAGUGUGUAUGCUCCUGCACUCAUCAUGUCCUCUGUCACCCAACUCUCUACCUGGGUCUCCACACUCAUCAUAGGCUCAGUCUGUACCUUCUACAUCACAGUUGGAGGUGUGAGGGCUGUAGUGUACACUGAUGUGCUACAGACAUUGAUCAUGUUUGGUGGGGUGUUGCUGGUGGUCAUCGUCUGUAGUAUUGACCUGGGUGGUAUUGGCAACGUCUGGACCAUCGCUGAGCGCGGAGGGCGCAUUCAGUUUUUUGACUUCAACACGAGUCCCUACGAGCGACACACAUUCUGGUCGACUGUCAUGCUGGGCUUCUACCAGGGAGCCACCACUCUCACUCUCGUUCAACAGAGUUAUCAAAGACUUGCCUCGGUUUCAACGCUGCAAACAUCGCAAAGGUUGAUUAUUGGCUUCGUGGUGGGGUUGUUUACGUUGUGGAUCGUCCUCUACCUUUCCGGCCUCGUCGCCUACGCUACCUACAGAGACUGUGACCCACUCACCUCCGGCAGGAUACAGAAACCUGACCAGAUUCUCACCUUCUUGGUGACAGACAAGUUGCGCUACAUGACAGGAAUGGCUGGUCUCUUCGUAGCUGCAGUUUAUGGCUGCGUCCUCAGCACACACUCAUCCUGUGGGAACUCCAUGGCCUGCCUGGUGUGGGAAGACUUCAUCAAACAUCAUAAAUACUUCAGUGGCCUCAGUGAUGCCAAAGCCACUAAUGUUGUUAAGCUCCUCUGUAAGUACUAUUAG